UAGAUCUAUUAUCUAUGUGCAUAUUUGAAAAGUGCGGUAUCUUUAAAAUGACGCAACGCAUGCUUACAAUUUUCUGUCAUUUAUUUACCGUAAAAUAAAAAUAAACGAGUUCUCAACGCUUACAAGUAAUGCUUGCUUUAUAUUUUUGUAAUCUAGUAAUUAAUAUUGUAAUUUUGCGCACAUUACAAAAGAAAUCUAAUAUUUGUAAUGAGAAUUAUACUGCACAAAUGCAGUGUGCUUUAUCGUAGUGUUACUGGUAUUAAAACUAAAAUGUCUAUAUCUAGUGGAGUUAUACAAAGUGCGAUAACUAAUAAACUCAAGACAAACUUAAAUACUACGCAUUUGGAAGUUAUCAAUGAAUCUUACAUGCACAAUGUUCCUAAAGGGUCAGAGACCCAUUUUAAAGUGGUGGUAAUUUCAGAAAAAUUUAAAGAUCUGCCCUUAAUAAAACGUCACCGGUUGGUAAAUAAUUUAUUGAAAGACGAAUUACAAUCUGGUGUCCAUGCCUUAUCGAUUGUUGCUAAGACACCAGAGCAGUGGCAAGAGAGUGAUAAAAUAAUAGAAUCUAGUCCAAACUGCAGAGGUGGUUUUGGGAAAUAACAGGCUACAUUAAAAAUGUAAAAAUGUAAAUAUAGGUAUAUUAUCAAUAAAAAAAUAGUAUCUUUG